AUGAGCUUGUUGAGACCCGGGAGCGGGGCUCUCUCCGCGCCGGGGAGGAGGGGGCCCGGGUCCUGGCGGCUCCUGUGGUGGUGGGUCGCGGCGGUGGAGUUGGCGGUGGGCUCGGGGGACCCGUGGAUGUCCGCGGAGGCAUGCCCGUCCUCCUGCUCCUGCAGCAGCACCAGGAUCUCCUGCGUGGAUCCGGAGCGAGGCAUCAACGCCUUCCCGGUCCUGCAGAGCGAGGCGGAGAUGGAGAACAUCACCGACAUUUACAUCGCCAACCAGAGCAGCUUCUCCUCCAUCAACGACAAAGACCUGCACUACUACAAGAAUCUCAGGAACCUAACGGUGACCAACAGCAAGCUCACAUAUGUAUCGAAGCUGGCUUUCCAAAACAACAUCAAGUUGCAGUACCUGAAUCUGAAAGAUAACAACCUGUCAUCCCUGUCCUGGAGAAUAUUCAGAAACCUCAACAUGUCUUAUCUGAUCCUGUCGGGGAACCCUCUGCACUGUUCCUGUGAAAACAUGUGGAUCAAGCUGUGGCUGGGGGAGGAAGCAGACACUCAGGAGCUACGCUGCAUUGAGGAAGGAGGAGCACGCAAGCUGCUGUCCAGACUGAUGCUGCCUAACUGUGAGGUACCCAUGGCAACUCUGAGCCCAGCCAAAGUGACAGUAAUGGAGGGGGAGAACGUGCUGCUGUCCUGUACGACCUCCGGCGUGCCUUCACCUGAGCUGAUAUGGAACAUGGCACUGGUCACCAAUUAUGUGAUCGAGACAUCGGGCCAGAUUUCAGGGCUGCGACUGUCCAACCUGUCGUCGCUGGAUCACAACAGCAAGAUCAGCUGCACGGCUGAGAACAUUGUCGGAGAGAAGGAGUCCUCUGUGCUGCUGGAUAUACUUUUUCCUCCCAAAAUCAAUAAGCUGGGGGAUGCAAUCCCAGACCAUCACUGGUGCAUCCCCUUCAGUGUGGCAGGAAACCCAGAGCCGCAGUUUAAAUGGUUUCUGGAUGACAGGGCGGUGAUGGAGGACAGCUACAUAACGACCAUGAUCCAUGACAUCACAGACCGGGAGUACCAUGGCUGCCUGCAGCUGGACAGCCCCACACACCUCUACAACGGGAAGUACAGGCUGUUGGUUACAAAUAAAUAUGGGUCAGACGAGAGGGAGGUGGAGGCCCACUUCAUGCACGAGCCCUGGGAUGGGACUGAGAAGGACCCAUUUUAUUAUGAAGUAACCACAGAAGAGCCCCCUGUAGAUCCACCUGAGGACAGAGUCGCUGUGUACGUGGUGGUGGGCAUCGCUGCUGUAGCCUUCACUGGUUUCCUCCUCAUGCUGGUUAUUCUCAAGUUCGGAGGAAACUCCAAGUUUGGCAUCAAAGGAGCGUCAUCAGUGAUCAGCAAUGAUGAUGACUCGGCCUCUCCUCUUCACCACGUCUCCAACGGCAGCAACACUCCUUCCUCCUCAGAGAUGGGCCCUGACGCCGUCAUCAUCGGCAUGACCAAGAUCCCGGUGAUCGAGAACCCUCAGUACUUCAGGAGCACAAACAGCCUUCUCAAAACCGACACAUUCGUCCAGCAUAUCAAGAGACACAACAUUGUGCUGAAGAGAGAGCUGGGAGAGGGAGCCUUCGGAAAGGUCUUCCUGGCCGAGUGUUACAACCUCUCACCCGACCAGGAGAAGAUACUGGUGGCUGUCAAGACACUUAAAGAGGCCAGUGAAAAUGCCAGGAAGGAUUUCCACCGUGAAUCUGAGCUCCUGACGAACCUUCAACACGAACACAUCGUCACUUUCUACGGCGUCUGCGUGGAGAGCGACCCUCUCAUCAUGGUGUUUGAGUACAUGAAGCACGGAGACCUCAACAAGUUCCUCAGGGCUCACGGUCCGGACGCAGUUCUGAUGGCGGAGGGUCAGAACACCCGAACUCUGGAGCUGACCCAGUCUCAGAUGCUGCACAUCGCCCAGCAGAUAGCAUCCGGCAUGGUCUACCUGGCAUCUCAGCACUUUGUGCAUCGCGACCUGGCCACCAGGAACUGCCUGGUGGGCGAGAACCUGCUGGUGAAGAUCGGGGACUUCGGCAUGUCCAGAGAUGUCUACAGUACUGACUACUACAGGGUAGGUGUCGGCGGCCACACCAUGCUACCCAUCCGCUGGAUGCCCCCUGAAAGCAUCAUGUACAGAAAAUUCACCACAGAAAGUGAUGUCUGGAGUCUUGGAGUCGUUCUCUGGGAAAUCUUCACCUACGGAAAACAGCCUUGGUACCAGCUCUCCAACAACGAGGUGAUCGAGUGUAUAACCCAGGGCAGGGUGCUGCAGCGCCCCAGGACCUGUCCUAAAGAAGUGUACGACCUGAUGCUGGGUUGCUGGCAGAGAGAACCGCACAUGAGACUCAACAUCAAGGAAAUCCACUGUCUGCUCCUCAACCUGGCCAAGGCCUCACCUGUAUACCUGGAUAUACUGGGCUAA